AUGACGUUUUAUUUCUAUCAAGAAGACAGACAACAGAAGACAGAAGACAGAGAGAAUAGAGAAGACAAAGAAGACAGAGAAAACAGAGAAGACAGAGAAGACAGAGAAGACAGAGAAGACAGAGAAGACAGAGAAGACAGAGAAGACAGAGAAGACAGAGAAGACAGAGAAGACAGAGAAGACAGAGAAGACAGAGAAGACAGAGAAGGCAGAAAAAGCAGAAAAGACAGAGAAGACAGAGAAGACAGAGAAGGCAGAGAAGGCAGAGAAGGCAGAGAAGACAGAGAAGACAGAGAAGACAGAGAAGACAGAGAAGACAGAGAAGACAGAGAAGACAGAGAAGACAGAGAAGACAGAGAAGACAGAGAAGACAGAGAAGACAGAGAAAACAGAGAAGACAGAGAAGACAGAGAAGACAGAAAAGACAGAGAAGACAGAGAAGACAGAGAAGACAGAGAAGACAGAGAAGACAGAGAAGACAGAGAAGACAGAGAAGACAAAGAAGACAGAGAAGACAGAGAAGACAGAGAAGACAGAGAAGACAGAGAAGACAGAGAAGACAGAGAAGACAGAGAAGACAGAGAAGACAGAGAAGACAGAGAAGACAGAGAAGACAGAGAAGACAGAGAAGACAGAAAAGACAGAGAAGACAGAGAAGACAGAGAAGACAGAGAAGACAGAGAAGACAGAGAAGACAGAGAAGACAAAGAAGACAGAGAAGACAGAGAAGACAGAGAAGACAGAGAAGACAGAGAAGACAGAGAAGACAGAGAAGACAGAGAAGACAGAGAAGACAGAGAAGACAGAGAAGACAGAGAAGACAGAGAAGACAGAGAAGACAGAGAAGACAGAGAAGACAGAGAAGACAGAGAAGACAGAAAAGACAGAGAAGGCAGAGAAGACAGAGAAGACAGAAAAGACAUAGAAGACAGAAAAGACAGAGAAGACAAAGAAGACAGAGAAGACAGAGAAGACAGUAAAGACACAGGAGACAGAAUACAAAAAACACUGAGGGCAGAAAACACAAAAAACAAAAAAAAGAAGAGACAAAAGAUAGAAGACACAGAAGAUAAAAACACAAGACACCAAACAAAUUUCGAUUCGUAA